CAUUACUCUGGCAGCCUGAUCUAAGUUGGCCCUUAAAGUGACAAGGCUCUUGCCCGUCAAUUGCGAUGCGUUGAUUGCGCAAGAAUGCUCGCUCGUGCUCAUACUACGUCCCUUCCUGCUGCGCGGGACGAAAAAUAUCGACGAAAAUGUUGCUCGGGAUCCACGUGACCGCGGUCGGUCUUUCGGGGAUUGUCGGCGGACGCGCCGCGCUCAUCCUGGCACAUCAACACCGACAAAGAGGACUACAGCUAAUUCGGCCGAUCGGAGACUCUAUACAGACUGGAUACGAAGACAAAGAUGGAGUUGCGACUCCAGAAUCCAUUCAGGCCUUUUCUGACAAAGCACCCCGCGCUGCCCUCUUCAUCGGGGUUGGUAUCGGGCUCUGCUUGUCUGUGACCGAGGUUGUUGUCUUGACUGUAACUUCGAAUUCUACCUUUGGCGGGACACAAUGGUUACGACUCACUGCGUGGGUGAUGUCGAUAAUUGCCACAAUAGCCUUAACGACGGCCAAGGAAUAUGGGACGCGCUUCACGCACGGCUGCUGGGUCAGUGUAGGCUGUUUUGCUUUGCUGGCCAUGCUUAUCGUCGAUCAAUAUUGGUGCUACCACGCACUUGGAUCCUCUUUCGCUCCAUGGUUCUUCUUGCUAACACAAUUCUGUACCGCAUUGGGGGCCUGCAUCGCGGCCGUUUCCAUCCCGCGCCGGCCGGAUGUCUAUCACAAUGGGGCCCUAGUGGAUCGCAAAUCGUCGACAUCCUUCCUCAACAGACUAUCGUUUGGGUGGUUAAACUUAUCGCUAUCCGCGGGUCAGACACAUCUCGAAAUAAAGGAUAUACCAGAGCUGGAAUACUCUAAUCGGACGUCGCAUCUCUGUAAACUGAUUCGCCAGACUCGCAGAACACAGGCAUCCAGUACAAGUCUUUGGAAACUCCUCUUGCUCGGCCACCGUAAAGCGCUAGUCUUCCAGCUCUGUCUGACCUGUGUCAAUGCAGUUGUAGCAUUUGCACCCCAAUUUGCCAUCCUUAACAUUCUCCAGCGGCUUGAAACUGACCCCAGCGACCCGUGGCUGUGGCUUCCGGUCCUCGGACUCGGAGGGUCACUUAUCCUUUCGGCUUUGCUUGAGAACUGGAACUAUUACCAUUCCUCCAACAGGGUCGCCGUGCGACUUCAGGAGCAGCUUUCAGCAGCUAUCUACGACAAGGUCCUUCGUUCUAAGCCUGCUCGGAACGUGCCGGCCGCACUUAGCAAUGACAGCAACGAGCAGAGCACUACAAAUCUCGUCGCCGUUGAUGCCAAACGAGUUGCAGACUUCUCUGCCCUGGGUUUCAUGCUCUGUGAGGCGCCUCUCAAGAUCAUCAUGGCGGCCCUUUCGAUUGGUCGAUUGCUUGGGGUGCGGAGUCUCGCAGCCGGUGGAGUGGUCUUCCUCCUUGUGACUACUGGAAACGUGUAUGCAGUGCGCAGAUAUGCUGGUACCCAGAAGAAUCUGUUGAAAUCACGCGACAGCAAGAUGACCAGGAUCCUUGAGGUACUACAAGGUAUUCGACAAAUCAAGAUGUCCGCUUGGGAAGAUAAGUGGGAGGGCUGCAUCAACGACUUGCGCGACAAGGAGCUGGAAAGUCAAUGGCAGGUAUACAGCUGGGAGCUGCUGAUGUUCGUCACCUACAAUGUUGCGCCUAUACUGGUUUCUGCCGCAUGUUUGGGCACAUACGCUAUGUUUCAUGACGGGAUGCCGGCGUCCAUAGCCUUCACCUCGAUUUCUCUUCUUGGGGCAUUGAGUAUACCUCUCGCUGUUCUUCCCCAGAUCCUGUUGAAUGUGACCGGAGCACAAAUUAGUCUCCAGCGAAUUGAGAGAUUCUUGCAUUCUGCCGACCAUUCAGGUGAGCAUCAGUCUGCAGACGACGUGGUAUUGGAGCAAGCGACGCUCUCCUGGACGGAACGUCACUUCCGCCGAAACUUCAAGCUACGUGACCUUACACUUGUUUUCCCCAUGGGUGCAUUGAGCGUGGUGACCGGCCCUUCGGGAUCCGGUAAGAGCCUUAUUCUCGCUGCUAUACUAGGCGAAUGUGAAUUUCUUGCUGGCCAAGUGCGAAGACCGCCGUCUUCUACUAUAGCCUAUGUUGGUCAGCAACCGUGUAUCCGCAACGGUACUGUCCGAGACAACAUCCUUUUCGGCAGCCCAUUUGACCAAGAUCGAUAUCAGCGGACCAUUGCGGCCUGUGCUCUCGAUCGCGACCUAGAGAUGCUGGAUUUGAAGGACAAGACUGAGAUGGACGCACAGGGGAGCAACUUCAGUGGAGGACAGAUUUGGCGGGUCUCACUCGCCCGCGCACUUUACUCAAAUGCCGAGGUCCUUGUUCUGGAUGAUAUUUUCAGCUCAAUCGACCCCCACACCGCGCAGCAUCUGUAUGAACAUGCGCUAAUGGGAAGCCUUGCCCAGGGACGUACACGUAUACUGGCUACGUACCAUCUUGAGCUGUGCCUUCCGGGAGCGGAGUACGUUGUUGCUCUUGAUAAGACAGGGCUACGAUAUGCUGGACUCAGAAAGAACCUGACGGAGAUCGGUAUCUUCGGAGAUAUGCCUUUAGCUGCAAAGCGCGGCGAGACGCUCCUGACUCCAGCCAAAGGCGCGCUUGGCAGCUAUAGAUAUGAUGAAGAGCCCUGGGGCGAUACUGUUCUGACUCCAGAGCAAGACCAAAUCCAGAGAAUACCGCAAAACACGAGGGAUACGGACACCGCGCCAAUUAGCAAAUGGCAAAUUCGCCAAAGGAUCUAUAACCUCUCCGGUGCUGGCUAUCAUUGUUUAGUCUUACUGGCACUAUAUAUAGUCUAUAGUGGACUCGGUGUAGGACGGGGACUUUGGAUGAUGAUCUGGAGUAAUAAUAGCAGUCCAGCCCCAAACAAUACCAAGGAAGCAUUGGAAGUGAAAUCAUCACCGGUGACAACUGACAUAAGAUGGUUACUUUCGAUUUACCUGGCUCUCGCAAUUGCCUCAUGUGUGACCACAGUGGCUCGAAGCUUCUUAGCGAUACGCAUUACCCUGCAAAUGUCUCGACAACUCUUCCAGCGUUUCCUCCAUUCAAUUCUUCGGGCACCUCUGCAAUGGCUUGACAAAUUACCUGCUGGAGGUAUUCUCAACAAUUUCUCCACGGACUUCAGCCUUAUUGACUCCCGUCUCGGUUACGACCUCAAUUAUGCCCUUGGGCUUUUGGUUGACCUUCUGACGAUAACAUUAGCGGCGUCGAUUGUGAACAUCUGGCUGAACCUUCUCUCCCUCCUCUCGCUUUCACUCGCCUUCUAUUACGGGCGGCAGUUCAUUAGGAAGAUCCGCGCUGUCAAAGAGCUCGAGAGUCUCAUGAGAAGCCCCAUUCUGGACCAUGUGUGCGCGACUCUGGAUGGCAUUAUGACCAUCCGCGCCUAUGGACAGCAGGAAACGUACCGCGACGAGAUGCAUGUGAAGAUUGAUCGCCAUUGCCGCGCUUCAUGGACCUUGUGGCUCCUGACCCGCUGGAUAUCUGUACGAGCCAGUACUAUUGGCGCCAUCUUCACCACCGCCGGCUCUGCGCUAGUUCUCUGCACGAACGGUGUCACAGCGGCCACGGCUGGAUUCGCGAUCACCUUCAUCAUGCGAUACAGCACAAUUAUGUCGCAAGCCAUUCGUCAAUACGCCAAUCUCGAAAUCUCCCUGAACAGCGUUGAACGGGUUGCAGCAGCUCUGGACACCCCGAACGAGAAAUACGACAGCCCUGUGCCAGUGGCGGCAUCCUGGCCUACCGAGGGCCGAUUGGACGUGUCCGAUAUGACUGUCUGCUACUCCCCCGACCUUCCACCGGUCUUGUCGAACCUCACAUUCUCGAUUCCACCUAACACUCGGGUUGGCAUCGUCGGCCGCACCGGUGCCGGCAAAUCGUCACUAGCAAUGGCUCUAUUCCGUUUUCUGGAAGCCCAAGAAGGCAGUAUCCGCAUCGAUGGCGUGGAUGUGUCCACAAUCCCACUACAUUCUCUCCGGUCGCGACUAACCAUUGUUCCCCAAGACCCCAUCCUCUUUUCCGGAACUAUCAAAUCUAACCUCGACCCUUUCAACGAAUUCUCCAACCGCGAGCUCUUCACCGCUCUGCAGCGCGUGCACUGGACUAUCCCAGACACGCUCCUGCCAACAACCACUGCCGAAGCCCACGAUGACCCCAUAUUCACCGACAGCGAUAGCGAUAUCCCUCUCGAAUCUCUCGCCGUGCAAUCCCAACUCUCACGAAACGUCCUCAACAGCAAAGUAGCGGAACGAGGCAGCAACUUCUCGCAAGGUCAACGGCAAUGUCUCUGCCUGGCGCGGGCCAUCCUCCGGCGCCCGAAGAUCUUGGUGCUGGACGAGGCCACCUCAGCCAUCGAAAAAUCUACCGACGCCGUGAUCCAGGAGUCGAUCCGGGCGGGGUUCGGCCGGAAUUAUUCCUCGUUGCUGGUGAUUGCGCAUCGGCUGCACACGAUCGUGGACUUUGAUCGGGUGUUGGUGCUGGAUGCGGGACGCUUAGUUGAGUAUGGGUCGCCGAGGGAGUUAGUCACUGAUCCCGACGGAGUGUUUCGGGGGUUGGUGGAGAGCAGCGUUGAUAGGGAGGAGUUGAUGAGGGUUAUUGCUCAAGGAGGUGAGCCUAGUAUGGAGGGAUGGCUUCUCAUGUUGAAGGAGUAUACUGGGCUCUCAAUGCCGAGCCAGGUCAAGUAGAUCUCUGACACAGGGAGACCGAGCAGGGGACUUCACUACCCCUGGUCUUUACAUCGAACAGCCCAGCGACCGCAAGACAUUGUCACGGAGGCGAUUCGCAAGCGCAGAUUUGAGAUCUAUCUCCAGUACAUCCGACCUCAAUAACCCGCGCGUUCCAUUCCUGACAAAUCCCUGGAUUGAUCAAGCGACAUCCUUUCUGCACCGUUCCGAUCUCUUCCAGAUGAUUCACUUGAAAGGAAAAGAAGAAAAUGGGGACUACCUCGACUGUUACCAUGGCGUCGGGUAGCGACUCGAUCCAGCAGAUCCAGUGGAUUUCUCAAUCGGGUCUAGUCUCCGCGCGGAAGUCCCGUCUUGGCGGGAUCUGGCCGAAAGAGGUUUAGUCUCCGUUGGAAGUCAGUUAC